AUGGCAGAGAAUUUAAGGGCAACUGCUGAUGAUCAAUUGUUGGAAAAUGGUAAGAGAAACAGAACCAGCAAACGAUCAACUCUUGCAACAUUAGCUGUACUUCUGGUCAUUCUUGCUGUGCUGGCCAUUGGAUUCCUCACGUUUCUCUUACAUUUCAACCAUCCCGCACACAACCGAGAUUGCAAAAAACGAGUUAUUGGAUAUUAUGACGACACCGACUCGGCAGAAAUAAGGGAGAGCUAUCUUGAAAAAUUGACUCACGUCGUUUUCUCUCACCAAUUCUUGUCUGUAAAUGGAACCAUUGAAUUCAAAACACACCGGACAAAGCUUAGGUUUGAGAAGUUGAGAAACAAGGCAAAAGGCUGUGCUUUGAAAGUGAUGAUAUCAAUUGGACAUGAGCUUCAUUCUUUUUUAGACAAUUCUACUGAAUUUGACAGAAGCAAACUAAGCGACUCUAUUGUUUCAUUCCUAGAGGAGAAUCAAGCCGAUGGUGUUGAUUUGUUCUGGAAAUGGGCAACCACUUCCGACAAAUCAAGUUACUUACUUUUUGUGAAAGAGCUCCGCCUGAAGUUGCUUGAAAAAAACAAGGAAUAUAUUUUCUCAGUGACAGCUGCGCCCAAAGGGAUUCCAGAUAACUGGGCGGUUAGCUUUGAUUUGGAAGACAUUAUCAAACAUGUGGAUUUCAUGAAUAUUUUCUCAAUGGACUUUUUUACACCAUGGAGAUGGCAAACCGGACCGACGGCACCCCUGUACCAUGAUAUUGCGCCGAGAGAGAACUUCACCGUGGAUUAUACCAUGAAUUUUUAUGCAUGCAAGUUGAAAGAAACAAGUAAACUGAAUCUUGUGAUACCAAUGGACGCGAGUAUUUGGAGAAAUGUGAAAACGGAGCAAACGGAAAGCGAGGUAUUCAGAAAUGUCGAACGGGUUAAUGGUAAGGAGAUUAAUGCAACCAUAUACAAAUCGAGGAGACUGGCCACGGAAUCUGGGAUAAAAUUCGAGGCAGCUGCUUGGGAUGAGAAAACCAAGACCUCUUAUAUGUUUGAUGAAAAAUCUAGAACAUUUUCAUCGUUUGAGAACAAGAAGAGUAUCGAGGCUAAACUGAAUUAUGUAAACGAGAAAAAUUUAGGAGGAGUAUGGCUUCGAUCUCUUAACAUGGAUGAUGGCACGGUUAGCCUGCUGAGUGACGUGAAUUUCAGUAAUUAUUGUUCUGCCAAAUCAAUCGAUAAAAUCAAUUAUCAUUGUUCACUCUAA